AAAACGGCUAGAUCAAGCCGAAGAAAAAACGAUGACGCACUUCUCCGGCGAAUGUUCUCUGUCCCUUUCCUCAUAAUAACAAAACCUCUCAGAUUCACAAAAUCAGAGAGGAUUAGGACGAGGACGAAGAGCAAAACUCGCCAAUUCUAUGUCGAAAUUCGCUGAAACGCGUGAUUCGUAAAAUCAACAAUCGGUGAUCCAUCUUUCAUCGACAAGGCGUUUAAGAAAAACUCAAAUCCACUAUUUUGGUUGAAUUUCCGUAUAUAUUUUAAUAAUUUGUAGAGAAAUUAGAGUGUAAGGAUCUCAAAAUAUGGAUAGUUUCAUCAGUAAAAUACGGAAUUUGGAUGCGUAUCCGAAGAUCAAUGAGGAUUUCUACAGCAGAACACUUUCAGGAGGUGUCAUAACCCUAGCUUCUUCCAUCAUCAUGACAUUGCUUUUCAUCUCCGAGCUCCGAUUAUAUCUUCAUGCUGUCACUGAGACAAAGCUUGUUGUGGAUACUUCAAGAGGAGAAACGCUGCGCAUCAAUUUUGAUAUCACCUUUCCAGCACUUCCAUGUUCGAUUCUCAGUGUUGAUGCCAUGGAUAUCAGUGGAGAGCAACAUCUUGACAUUAGACAUGACAUUAUCAAGAAAAGGAUUGAUGUUCACGGUAAUGUGAUUGAGACAAGGAAGGAGGGCAUUGGUGCUCCUAAGAUUGAUAGGCCUUUGCAAAAGCAUGGAGGAAGACUUGAGCACAACGAAACAUAUUGUGGUUCCUGUUACGGUGCUGAAGGGUCAGAUGAUCAUUGUUGUAACACCUGUGAAGAUGUUCGUGAAGCCUAUCGAAAGAAAGGUUGGGCAUUGUCAAACCCAGAUAUAAUUGACCAGUGUAAAAGAGAGGGUUUCCUAGAAAUGAUCAAAGCGGAAGAAGGUGAAGGAUGUAAUAUGUAUGGGUUCUUGGAGGUCAAUAAAGUGGCCGGAAAUUUCCACUUUGCACCGGGGAAGAGUUUUCAGCAGUCAAAUGUUCAUGUCCAUGAUUUGCUCACCUUUCAGAAGGAUAGUUAUAAUAUUAGUCACAAGAUCAAUAGAUUAACUUAUGGAGAAUACUUCCCAGGUGUUGUGAAUCCUCUUGAUGGUGUAACAUGGACACAAGAGACACCCCAUGGCUUGUAUCAGUAUUUUAUCAAGGUGGUACCUACAGUAUAUACUGAUGUCAGUGGGCAUACCAUCCAGUCAAAUCAGUUCUCUGUAACUGAACAUUUUAAAGGCGCAGAUGUUGGCCGCUUUCAGUCUAUUCCUGGUGUUUUCUUCUUCUAUGACCUUUCACCAAUCAAGGUGACAUUCACUGAGCAACAUGUUUCAUUCUUACACUUCUUGACUAAUGUCUGUGCUAUAGUUGGAGGUGUUUUCACUGUGUCGGGGAUACUUGAUUCAUUCAUAUACCAUGGUCAAAAGGCGAUUAAGAAAAAGAUGGAACUUGGUAAAUUUAGCUGAUUGGUGGUGCUCUUAUCCUAUGCUUGCUGUGGCGGAAUCAUUCUAGGCAAGGGAGACCAAAAUAUUGGACUAGAGGUGACAAGGUUCAGCUAAUUUUUGCAUCACAAUAGCUUUCCUUGAGAGAACAUGAUCGGAUCUUAGCAAGGUGGCUCAAGGGGGAGGCUAGAGAGCCUUUGCUUUAGGUUUGCUUUAGAUCCCAAAAAUUUUUAAUAGAAGAUUCUAUGAUUUUAUGUUCGCUUAGUCAAUAUUUAUGUUUUUAGAUUUAAAAAAAAAGGUACAAAAGACAGACGGAUUCCGGAGAAAAAGGAGACAUGGGAAAAACUCAACCCAUCGCCCCCCCUCCCCCUCUCCUCUCUCUUUGCAUUUCGACCCGGCUGCUCUGAUGAAGCUGCCAUUGUUCUGGGUUGGGUUAAAAUGUACUCCUUCCGUCUCAAAUUAUCUGUCGUGAUUUCUAAAAUAGUUGUCUCAAAUCAUUUGUCAUUUUGGAAGUUCAAGAGUAAAUUAGUUAUUUUUUUUCUUUC